AUGUUCAGGAGCGAAGAAAUGGUGCUAUGCCAAUUGUUUGUGCAGCCGGAAGCGGCAUACGUGUCUAUGUACGAGUUGGGAGAGGCGGGUAUUGCACAAUUUAGAGAUUUAAACCCACACGUGAACGACUUUCAACGUCGCUACGUGACCGAAGUACGGCGAUGCAGUGAAAUGGAGCGCAAGUUGAGAUGGGUGAGUGGGGAACUCCCCGAACCGCCGCCUCCGCCCAAACUCUCGCCUAGAGUGCUGACACCACGAGAGAUUAACAUAUUAGAGGAAAGAAUUGAUUACAUUGAAUCAGAAAUCCAGGAGAUAACAAGAAAUGCCCAAAACCUGAAAACAGAUUAUCUAGCACUGAUCGAACUGAAAAUUCUUAUUGAGAAAACUCAAACGUUCUUCCAAGACCACAGUGCACAUAGAAAGAUCUCAGCCUCCGUCCAAAUAUACAAUAACGAAGCUAUUAGCCACUUAGGUUUUAUAGCGGGUGUUGUGACCACGCCGCGAGUUCCCUCCUUCGAAAGAAUGUUAUGGAGGAUAUCACAUGGAAAUAUUUUCUUCAAGCAAGCCCAAAUUGAUAACCCCUUAAAGGAUCCUGUUACGGGUCACGAGCUCCAAAAGACAGUCUUUGUGGUAUUCUUUCACGGUGAACAAAUAAAACUGAGAGUGAAAAAGGUGUGUCAUGGUUUCCAGGCAACCUUAUACCCUUGUCCUGCGACGUACAAAGAACAACAGGACAUGCUAGGAGGGAUCGAAACAAGGAUAAAAGAUUUAGCAAUGGUUCUGGAACAAACAGAAAAUCAUCGCAGACUAGUUCUUACAAACAUAGCAAGAGACAUAAGUACAUGGAUGGUCGCAGUACGGAAGGAAAAAGCCAUAUAUCACACACUGAACAUGUUCAGUAUGGAUAUAGUAAAGAAAUGUUUGAUAGCUGAAUGCUGGGUUCCUAGAAAAGAUUUGCAUAUAUUGCAAAAGGCUUUGGAUAAUGGCGUGAAAGCAUCAGGUAGUCCGAUCCCAUCAAUCCUACACCACGUACCGACAUUGGAAAUUCCUCCCACCUUCAAUAGAACUAAUAAGUUCACGCGUGGCUUUCAAGCUCUUAUUGAUUCCUAUGGAAUCGCUAGCUAUAGAGAAGUUAAUCCAGCAUUAUAUACAAUAAUAACAUUCCCGUUUCUUUUCGCCGUAAUGUUCGGCGACGUGGGCCACGGCAUCAUAAUGACAGUAUUUGCCGCCAUCUUAGUUAUAUAUGAGAAGAAGUUCGCUAAAACCAAAACUGACAAUGAAAUAUGGAACAUUUUCUUCGGAGGACGAUAUAUUAUUCUACUGAUGGGCAUAUUUUCUAUAUACACUGGAUUGAUAUAUAACGACAUGUUUUCUAAAUCCUUGAACAUAUUUGGCAGUAGUUGGAAGAAUCCUUACGAUUAUAACACGUUGAUGAACACUACAUCGUCGUUUGCUUUAGAUCCGAAAGAUGCUUACAGUAACACACCAUAUCCAUUUGGUCUCGAUCCGGCUUGGCAAUUCGCAUCCAACAACAUAAUAUUCCUGAACUCGUUUAAAAUGAAAUUAUCAAUUAUAUUCGGGGUAAUUCACAUGGCGUUCGGUGUGACAUUGAGUGUGGUAAACUUCAAUUUCUUCAAGAAACCAGAGAUGAUUUUUCUACAAUACAUCCCACAGAUAGUAUUCUUGCUGCUUUUGUUCUGGUAUUUGUGUAUACUUAUGUUCAUGAAGUGGAUUAUGUAUUCGGCGGAAGCAGUGGAUGAAGCCUUAGGAACAUACUGUGCACCAUCAGUCCUGAUCAUUUUCAUCAAUAUGAUGCUGAUGAAAGAAUCUGUGGCUAAGGAACCCUGCAAGCCGUUUAUGUAUGACGGACAAGAAGCGAUACAAAAGACCUUCUUAGCGAUAGCCUUCCUCUGCAUACCGGUCAUGUUGUUUGGCAAGCCACUGUACCAGAUGAUGGUGGAUAAAAAACGGAGGAGGUACACACGAGGAGUGGAAAGUGGUGAAGUAGUAAAGAAAGACCCCCACGAUGGCGGGAUGGGAGAAGUAUUAAUUACACAAGCGAUCCACACAAUAGAAUACGUUUUAGGCGCUGUUUCUCAUACAGCCUCUUAUUUACGUCUUUGGGCCUUAUCUUUGGCUCAUGCUCAACUUUCUGCAGUAUUAUGGCAGCGUCUCCUUACAAUGGGACUCGGAGGUGGCUCAGCGGUCAAUGCUAUCGUAUUAUACUUUAUAUUCGCAGUGUGGGCGUGCUUCACGCUCGCUAUCUUGGUACUCAUGGAGGGAUUAUCAGCAUUUCUGCACACUCUGAGAUUGCAUUGGGUAGAAUUCAUGAGUAAGUUCUACGACGGACAAGGAUAUGCCUUUCUACCCUUCUCCUUCUCCGUUAUCCUCGAAGCUGAUGAGGAAGAUAUCAAGGCGAAGCCGAACGGUGGACCACCAGAG